GGACGAUUGAUCGUAUUGCAAUCACCAGAGUCCGUUCAUGCAGCAGUGAGCCUUUGCUUAGACUCGCGAUACUUAGACUGUAAGAUCGCCUGUCUUUGGAGAAAUAUCGGCAAUUUCCAGGCGAGCCGAUCAUGUCUCAAUCAGUACAGUCUGCCAUUGGCACCCUUCGAGCUAUUACAUACCGGAUCGCCAAUACUUCAGACGAACAACUACCUCAAAUUGCUGCUCAAAUAGCUGGAUCUAUCUGGACAUGCCGAGCGGUCCUAUCGCAAGCCUCGGGCGCCAAAAAUCAGGGUGAUGUCACUGCCGUGGUCCACCGGUUCAAGACACAGCUAUCUACCUUGCUCCAGCACAGGAAUUUUCGUGCGCGAUGGACUGGUGUUGUCUUGGUCAAAGCUGUGAUCGAGGCAGGAGGACUUGAGAUUCUCAGCAAAUCCGGAGUCUGGUCGCGCAAUCUGCUGACCAUUUUGAAGAGGCCCGAUCCUCCAACCACGCGCAGUCUUGCCGUCUUGACACUCACCCGACUGUUCAUGCUAACCUGGGAGCACGCAAAUCUGGUCCGCGAGAUCACGACUCCUGCACUACCUGGCUUUGUCUCUACAUGUAUCAGCAACAUCGAAGCAAAGCGAUGCUCGCCUGAUGAGUUGCAAACUGUCCUGGAUGCUUUCUCGGUGCUGAUCGUUAGACAUUCGACAAUUUUCCGUCCAAAUGAGGGCACACUCCGGACCAUCCUUCUCAGAAUCCUCAGCUCUUCAUCUGCGGGUGAAGCUGUUCAUUUUCAUUACACUUCAAGGCAUAGGGAGUCAGCCCGGCGUCUACUUGUUUUACUUCAUCAUUGCACGCCGAAACAAGGCUCAAGUGAGAAGUGGAGCGAGAGCUUCAAGAAUGCGCUAGCGUCUGCUCACGCUACCUGCGACUACUUAUUCCGAGGUAUUGAACACGAUUGGGAAUCAACCGCCGGUGUUCAGCCAUUCCGUCCGAGGCAUCAAUUAUUGAAUGGAGAGCCAGAGCUUCCCGAGCAGGAUGCUCUUGGCUUGAGCGCCUGGAGCGGGAUCUAUGCCGGACAUGAGCGCUUGAUCGAGACAUUGCUUAUUCUGUCGACGAUUCUGGCAUUGCCGACUCCCGCUGCUGUGCCAGUCAAGUUUGGCAGUAUCAUGGACCUUAUGACAAGAAUUCUCAGCAUUGGUGCUACUGAUCUAGAGAAAAUCGGCUCAAUGAAAUUCAAUCCUCAGAUUGUUCGAGAAGAGCGCGAAGCUGUCCUUGCCGUCCUACCUGCUGUUCGCAUAGCGGCUCUGGACGUUUUGACGCACCUCCUUGCUCGUUUUCAGGCUUCGGCUUUCUCGAUCUUGCCUACGUUGACGCAGGUGUUAUCAAGCCUUUUCCAAGCGGAACGGGAUGAGAGCGUGCGAGCGGGGAUUUCCCAGAUCCUAGCAUCCAUCGUCACAUUCUCGGGAGCUACAUUCACUCGAGCCGACACUUCACUGCUGGUACCUGCUCUUCGAAGCUGCUGUCAACAGCUACUACCAUCAGACUCCUCCUCAGACGGACAAGGACCACAAAGCAAUGGUACCUCAGGCACAAGCCAGCCCAAGAAGUCCACUCCACUACCCAAGCACUUUGAAGCUAGCAAUCCAAAUCACGAACACUCACGUUCUCUCCUCCUCUCCGCCCUCAAACACCUCCCUUCGACGACGGUCCCAACCAAGGUCCGAGCCCAGAUUGAUCGUGUCGCAGUGAUCACGAAAGACAAGGAUCUCCUUGUCGCAAGUGUCCUCAACCCCGCACAGCGCGAAAAUGAACUCCGCGCACAAGCCAGCUUGAUGCCAAUCCUGGCUCGCCUGGCGCCGAAGGAAAGUGAAGUCGAAGCUUUGAUCAAGCCGAGAAUGCCGGUGAUUGGUGGGAAGAGAACUGGCGCUCAUGGUGUAAAGGUGGACGACGAUGUAGAAGACGAGGAUGAUGAAUCAGACGAUGAAGAUGAUGAGGUGGACGAAGAUGACGCGGAGGAAGCGGAAAUCGACGGAGACGAAAUUCCCGAGGCUCCAAGACAUGAAAUAUCCAGCGCCUCAAUCCUCCAAGCCAACACCAACCUUCAAGGCCCUCUUGCCCCUUCAUCGUCAACAUCCCAAAAACGCCCCUUCGAGCCCCCCACCACAGAGUUCACAACUACAACCACACCUCUCCAACCACCAACAACCACAACCCCACCAGAUGCAAAACGCACACGGCUGGACCAGACUCUGCCCACCACGCACUCAACAAAAGCAAGACCCACAACAUCACAGCUCCAAACCGACACAAACGAAGAAGCACGCUCCCUCCUCGAAGACCUCGAAGCACAACUCCAAGACGACAUUGCCAAUUCCAAUCGAGAUGUUGCUGACGACGAGAUCACACAAUCGAGCUCCUUCCCUGCCGCCUCUACGGCAGAGACACAAAGCUCGUCAUCGCUUCUACCCGCGGUGUCAACUGUGAACACCGCACAUGACGGCGUCGGCGAUGACGAUGAUGAUGAGAUGGACGGGAGUGAUUUCGAAAUGCCGCCGUUGACCAUGGAGAUGGAUACCGAUGACGAGGACGAGGAGGACGAGGAGUAGAAGCGAGGACGGCCAUGAUUGCGGCUGUGCAUUGUAGCCAUGCAGAGGUUACGGCAGCGUUUGAUGGAAUGUAGAAAUCAAGUUCAUUCAUAGAAUUCAUUGCUUUCCGGAACGGUAGAGCUUGUCACUCGGACCCGGUGCAGGAAGUCGGGAUGGGAGAGAACUUCUGCUGUGGGAACUUCUCGCGUUUCUGCGUCGCCAGAAUUUCCCGUUCAUUAGAUUUUUGUGGAUUUUCAAGAUGCAGUCCGUAUCACUCCCCAUAACGCCGUCGCCAUGAAUCCUGUCUAUACCAUACAAUCCCCUGGUUCCUCAAACUACGUGCGAUUCACACGGUAUGUUUUUCCAAAACAUUUUCAUAUGCCCCGUAUCCCAAGUCCCGUGUCCUUGCUCCUCUGGUUAUUGCUGCUCCUCCUCAG